AUGUUCCUCUCCAAUCUGGUCCAGAAAGCGCAGCAGUACAUUGAUCCUGCCGUCCUGCCCGGCGCACUGAGUAAUGCGAACGCAACGAAGCCCUCGAAGUCGACACUCUUUCAGCAACAAUUCCACCUCCCCGCGACCCAGAACCCGCUGUACGAGAUCACCGCCGAGCUCACCCUCCCGACCCGCAAGUCCGGUCUCAGCAAGUCUCCGAGUGCGAAGCGUCAGCAGCAAUGGGGACCGAAUGACUGGGACAAAGGGGCAGACGGCAAGGGAACGCACUAUGUCGGCCAGCUUCAUCUGAGCGAGCAGUUCAUGUGCUUUUCUACUGUCAACACCUCGUUUGUCAGCACAGCGAGUACCAGCGCCAGCUCGGCGUUCACGGGACGAACGCAUGGUACUGGGACGGCGGGGAAUGGGUUCACGCUUCCACUGUGUGCGGUGAGGAGAGUGGAGAGGCUGCAUACCCAGAGCUAUAUGUUUGCGCUGUCAAUAACGACCUGGAAUGGCUUUGACCCUGGCUCAGACACCAAGCCGGGAGCUCCAGCGCCGCCAAAACUUACAAUCCAGCUCGAGGGAAGCAGACAACAGUGCGAGAGGUUCUGUGACGGGCUGAAGCGCGGAUUGCGGCAGGGUAUACGAGAGGUGGAGAACAUGCGCGCAGUUGCCGCAGACUGCUACUCGGAGUAUUUCAUGUACUCGGACUUUGAUGCGACUCCACCGUCGACGAAACCAGAUGGUACGCCGAGGACACCGCCGGACACGGGCUUGGGCAGUCUGUUCAAGUACCCUGGUAAUUCGCGGAAACUGCGGGAUAGGAGCAAGAUGCGGCUUUGGCACGAGUACAUGCGGGAGAACGGACGGAACACUACGCUCGUUCGACAACCAGACUUUCAUCGUUUGAUCCGAGUUGGGCUGCCGAACUUGCUGAGAGGCGAGAUGUGGGAGCUUACAUCUGGAUCGCUGUAUCUGAGGUUGCAGAAGCCGAAGCUGUACGCCGAGACGCUUAAGAAGCAUGAAGGCGAAGGAUCGUUGGCGAUCGAUGAGAUUGAGAAAGAUCUGAACCGGUCGUUGCCUGAAUAUGCUGGCUUUCAGAGCGAAGAGGGCAUUGGGAGGUUAAGGAGGGUCUUGACGGCAUACAGUUGGAUCAAUGCUGAGGUUGGGUAUUGCCAGGCGAUGAACAUCGUCGUGGCGGCGCUGCUAAUAUAUCUUUCGGAGAACCAAGCUUUCUACCUCCUUUCCAUCCUCUGCGACCGACUACUACCCGGCUACUACUCAACGACCAUGUAUGGCACUCUACUGGACCAGAAAGUGUUUGAGAGCUUAGUAGAGAAGACGAUGCCAGUCCUCUGGGAACACCUCUCAGGCAACGAUGUCCAGCUCUCCGUCGUCUCGCUUCCUUGGUUCCUCAGCCUGUACAUCAACAGCAUGCCGCUCAUCUUCGCCUUCCGCGUCCUCGACGUCUUCUUCUUGGAAGGACCGAAAGUGCUCUUCCAAGUCGGUCUGGCCAUUCUCCGCGUCAACGGCGAAGAACUGCUUGAUGCAACCGACGAUGGCGCUUUCAUAAGUGUCCUGAAGUCCUACUUCGCUCGUCUAGGCGAGUCAGCGCAUCCCAAAUCAGAGAACCCGAAGCAUCGCGCCAUCACGAAUUUCCAGGCACUGAUGGUCGUGGCCUUCAAGGAGUUCGACGGCAUCACUCAACAAACCAUCUCGGAGCAGCGAAGCAGGCACAAAGCGGCUGUACUCGAGAACAUCGAGUCCUUCGCCAAACGCACAUCGAUCCGCAAUCUUGGUCCGGAGAGCAAGAAGUUGUCGACCAACGACCUCGGCUUCUUGUAUGAUAGAUUCUACACCAUCCUCUACGAGCGGCAGCAACGAGCACAAGUGCUGCAGGCCGAGGAGGACAGAAAGCGCAAAGCUUCCCGCUUACGCGCGACCGAGAUCGUGACUGGUGUGGCUGGCAACUCUGCGCCUGAAAUGGGUAGAGUAGGGCUUGGGCCCAGCACGACGGAAAUGGACUACGAUGCUUUCCGCGAAUUCCUCGCCGGCGUGGCGAAGUGGGCUGUCACUGACUCUCCUUCUUCACCAACGAACCCUAACGAUCCUUCUGCGCAUAGAGGACAGAAUGGAUACUUCCACACUCUUCGAGCGAGACCAUCGCAUCCUUCAUCACCGUGGGGCAGGGGACCGGAGCCAGCUGAACAUGAGUUCUUGAGACGACUGUUCAAGCGGUGGGACAAGGAAGGCAAGAACUCAUUAACAUUGCAAGAUGUGGUGGCUGGACUGGCGCCGAUCAAAGGUGGCAGGGACAUCAUGGGCAAUAUUUCUUACUUCUUCGAACUGUAUGAUGACGACAAUGAUGGGAGGGUGGAUCGAGAAGGGAUUCUGAGAAUCUCUGAGGCAUUGCUUUUCUUGUCGAGAAGAGGUGUGGGUGGCGGCGGGUUUGUCAGUCCAAGUCCUACCUCGACGGGCUUGAGUGAGCACGAGGAUGGGAAGAGGAGGGAGACGAAGGAUGAGCAGUUCUUGUCUGCUGUAUCGGCAUUCAUUCGACGGUGCUUCGAGUAUGCGGACCCAGACCACCCAUCGCGGCAAGCUGAGAAGGAGGCGAAUAGUGCGGCGCAGCAAGUCGACCUCAUGGACCUGAACGAGAAAGACGGCCCAGUCACCUCAGACCCCCUCAGCGGUUCAUCGCCAUCAGGAAGCGACGCAAAAGACGACUCAGUCCUCUCACGACCCUCCACCAACUCCUUCGGCCAAACCCAACCCCAGUCCAAGCACGCCGCCGCCAACGCAGCACUCGACCCCGCCUCGCCCGUCCACAUCACCCUCCCCACCUUCCGCAUGCUCGUCCUCGCCGACGAAACCCUCGAAUCCUUCUUCGACUCCGGCUUCGCCAACUCCUUCCACCUCGCCGACGCUCCGCUGCCGAGCAGUACCAUUACGUCACCUACCUUCCUCAGCGCAGCACAACAGCAGCAUGCUACCGCUCCGCCGGCGAGUAUCCCUGCUUUAAGUCCAGGCGGCACUUCAUCAGGUGUCGUCGGUGGAGCGGGUGCGGGGGUUGUUCCGCCAGGCAAGGGGCUGAGGGGGAUGCUCGAUAACAUCGUCACGGACGGGAUGCGCGUCGCGGCUGAAGUCCGGAGACGAAUGGACGAAGCACAGAAGGAACUGGAUAAAGGCGCUUCCACCCGCGGGAUCGAAGACGACGAUGACGAUGAUGGUGAUGAAGGCGGACGCGAUCUGCUUGAAGGCGCGGAGGCGGAUGCCGGGGUCGAGAGGAAAGGUGAGAGUGCGAGGAGUCGAGAGCAGAGUCUGCUGGAUCAGCCGAUGGUGGAGGAGCCGAGGCAGGAGAGGGGGAAGGCGAAGCAGGAGGAGGUGGAUGCGGAGAUGGAGAAGAGUACGAUGUUUGAGCGAUAG